UCUUCGGCCUCUGGUACAUAUCCUGAUUACUAAUUUACGAAGCCAUGGACUACUUCCACGCUUGGAUAUGACACCAAAUUCCAUAUUCCAGUCGAGUGGAGAGUUGAGAAGAGCGAACCUGAUGAUCCUUAAGAAUCCAUGAAUCGUGCAAGAAGCUAUACUAUCAUAUCAUUCGAUAGAUCACUUCAGUAAUUGCACUUGUUUCCUGUUUCACAAAUUAACGGUUCAUCAUACACGAUAUAGGUCUACUUUCUAAUCUCUUUUCUGACAUCAUUUUAAUGUCAAGAUUUUCGAAGGUCGAUUAAUUUAUCACUUGCAUAGCUGAUUAAUUAAAAAGAUCAAUGCGUGCUUAAGUAAAAUAAAAGAAACACUAGCUAUUUGCGUACUUUUAAAAAGUAAAACCUUUUGUUUUCUAGAAAUUAUUUGAAUGAUUUAAAAAGUAUGCAUUCUUUUUCUUACAGAUGAAAUUUAUGAAGACGAAAUCAGUCGAAUUUAAAAUUUAAAACUAGGUUUUAAAUUUAUCUGGAAAAUCUAAUGUUUAAGAUUAAAAUCAACGUGUAAGAGUAGUAUAAUCUAUAGAGGAAGUUGCUUGAUAUUUACAGUUAACUGCUAAUUCGAACUCUUAUGGAUUGCUUUCCUUAAUAAUUCUCAAGAACAUUCAAAUUUUGCUUUACUCAAAUUCCAAGAUUUAUUGAAAUGCGAAGAAAAAAUAUUCGUAUCUAUUUUCCUUUCGUUUCUUAUCUAUUCAUUAAAGAAAUAUAUAUGGAUGAAAAAUUUCAAUAUCUCUUUAUUUUGUACAAAUAGUUUUUUUACUAGUUUCAGUUAAAUUAUAAUUAUAACAAUUUAAGAAGAUAACAAAAUGAAAAAUUUAACAAUAAGAGAUACACGGAGAAAGAUACCAGAGUAACGGAACGAAAUAAUUGUCGAUUAAUUAAUUUGAUUAUAUUGUCGUAGAAUUUGUUCUCCCCUUGAAUAAAACUCGCUUUCGAAAUACAAUACAUUCUCUCAAGGAAGAGAAAAAAAACAAUGGAACGCGUGAAAAAGAUGUUGGAAUAUAAUACUAAGUACCCGAAGGAAGCAUUACCAAGAAGGAGGACGAAGAAGGAGAACGAAAGAGGUGGAGGCACUGGUUAGUAUAAAAGGGUCGAAUCACGGUAUCUCGUCUGUUUCAAUACUCUCAACGAGUCGUGCAGUAGAUCACACGUACCAUUGAUCGCGACGGUCAUCCGUACACGGAACGUUCACGACUUCCACAUUGAGGAAGUUGAAAAGGUGGACGAGAAGGUAGAGUGAAAGAGAAAUUAAAUAAAGAGAGGUGAGUCCAACGGAACCAAAGCAAUCCUGAAUAAUUACCCUGGAAAUAACUUCGAUCGUGAUGAUGACGAGAGUAUACAUCAAAGAUAAACGAAAAGCAUCCAAAAAGUUUUUUGGGGAAUGUUUCGAGUCAAGUGAUAUUUUGUGCGCCGUCAAUAAAGUGAAACAUCGUAUAUAUUUGAUCUUUGUGAACAAGAUUGUUAAAUCCUAUAUAGACUAUAUGUCACUAAUCACAAAAGUCAAUUUUAUUGGAUGUAAUAUUGCAAGAAUGAUGUCAUUAUUCGGUUAUCACUUUUAAUUUCAUGUAAUAAUGAAACUAGUGGCAGUGGUUGCAUUGCUAUGCUGUCUUGCCAUAGGAGGAUUGGCAUCACCAGUGCCGGAAAUCAGCAAUAACAAAGUAUCGGUUGUGAAUGCUCUCGUCUCAGGAAGACAAGCGCAAGCACCACCGGCUACUGCAGAUGAUGAUGACGAAGAUGAUGACGAUGACGACGAUGUCGAUCUCGAUAUUACAGGAGAUGAUGAUGAUGACGAUGAUGAUGAUGAUGACGACGACGACGACGAUGAUGACGAUUAUUUGGAACGUUUCAUUGAGGAUAUUUUAGGAGGCGAGGAAGAUGAUGAUGACGAAGAUGAGGAAGUGAGUCAACCGGCUUCGCAAAUAACACCUGUAGCAGCCUCACCAAUACAGUCUGCACCAUUGAUAACCUCGCAAUCAAUACCGGCGGCAGUUCAAGCUGAUUUGAACGCUGCUGCAGCAUCCGCGGAGAAUACGGCCGAGGAAGCAGCUAUUGGAAGUGAACCUACGUCAUCCGAUGACGAUACUUACGACGAGAUCGAGGAAACUGUGCCCGAAGGUCAAGCUGUUGGCCAGGAAUCCGGACUCGAAGGUGCAGACUCUAUUGUGAAUCCUGUUGUUCAACCAGCCAGUUCUCAAGCUGCUGCGGCACAAAGUGACGACGAUGACGAUGACGACGAUGACGACGACGAUGUCGAUCUUGAUAUUACAGAAGACGACGACGACGAAGAUGACGAGGAUGAUGAAGAUGACGACGAUGAUGACGAUGACGAUGAGGAUGCCAUUUCGGACAUCACCAGCGCCAGACAUGCACAUGAUUUGGAGUCGGAACCCAGCAGUUAUGUACCAGCCAUCUAUGUUGCGAAAUAUAAUCAUUUUGUAGACAACAUUCUUGAGAGGAUUAAUAAAAUUUUAAGCGCUAAUUACGAUCCAGUGACGGUCAAAUUAACUAAUCCAAAUUCGAGCUCGAAAUCGAAUAAGAAAAAAAACAAAUCUAAAAAUAAAAAGAAUAAAUAUGGUUCGAAGAAGAGUGUUUCUGGAUUGGUCAUACAUAUCUCCGAAAAUAUGAACAAUGAAGAAUCGAACGACGUACAGAAAAUAGAUCCUCACAAAAACGUAGCUACAACUUUAAUGGAUAUAGAAUUACCAACAACGAUGUCAACUCUUGGAUCAUCUGACACUGCUAUUGCACAAAAUCGUAUAAGAAAUGCCAAACGAAAAUCAUCUAAUUCUCAAAAUAAAAAAUCGAAUCGUAAUAAGACGAAGAAUCGAAACAAAACCAAAAAUUCCACAAGCGGUAGUAACAAAAAUAAAGCAAAGGCAAGAGCAAUUUUAUAUGGACUCGCUUCGCUUCAAAGAUCAGGAGAUGUCUCGGUAAAUAUGAUGAGCAAUCAUACAACUAUCAAAACGAAAUUUACCUUGGGACCUUUAAUACUUAAAGUCGAAAAAGAAUUUGGUAGAGCUGCGAAAAAAGAACUUAGAAGUGCAACUGCUACCACAGCAGGAAUGUCUGGUAAACUGAGUCUUCGUGUGAUGCACGGAGGUGCUGCCACAUUGCAUUCCAUUCGUGUUUUACAACCCAAACAGGUUCGCGUUGAAAGUGCGGAUGAUCACGAUAGAACAAGAGAAUUCGUUUGGAGAAGAUCAUCUCAUAUCGCUCAUUUAGUAUCUCAAAAACUUUUAACAGCUACAAGAUCAAUGUUACGACCUCCACCUGUCCCAGCACUUGCUGCUUAAAUAUUAAAUCAUACUUGAUCCAAAUGAAAUCAUUAUAAGUGCCAUAACAAUGGGUUCAAUUCAUCGUUUCGCGUUAUUCCAUUUUAUGGUACACGCUCUUUGUUCUUGAAUCACGGCUUUAUCGAUUCAAAUCAAUGAAGAAUUAUUUGUUUAUUCUUUUUAUGCCCUUAUAAAAAAAAGUACAUUUUCAAAAAUACUACGUCUUUAAAAAAAAGGACAAAAAGAAAGUAUAAGCAAUAUGAUUUCAUUUUGGAUCAACAUUUGUCUAUAUUUAUUUAUUUAUAUGUCAUUAACAUUUUUAUAACACACAUCUAUAAUUAUUUAUUUAUUUUUAUUAUUUAUUUAAAGUAGUGCCUAUUUUAAAUUGCGAUUAUUUUAGUAUUAUCAAGAAUAUUCCGGAAAAUAUGUUUAUACGAAAAAAUAAGUAAAAUUUGGUAAAAUUUAAUUAAUAAAUUAAAUUAUGCAUUAAGUCAAAUAAAAAAUUAAAUAUGAACUUGUCAAU